UCUUCCAUCCCUCUCCACCCUCGGCUCUCUCCUUCCUCCUGAGUGGAUUUUUCGGGGCUGUGCACAUAGCCCCCCAUCCCUCCCCCCCCACCUGCUUCUCGGACAGCUUUGCUUCACCAGUUCUGCACUGUGCCGGCCUGGAGAGGAGUAAGGGAGCGGAAAGAGGAGAGCGAAAAGAGGAUUUGGUGAACCGAGGAGAGACAGACAGGGGAGAGGGACCAUGGCUGCUCUUUCUGCCUUGCUGAAGACCUGGGUAAUACUGCAGACCUUGUGCCUGGCUCUGGCCCAAGUGAGGGGUCCACCCGGACCUCAGGGCCAGCCCGGCCCACCAGGCCCCUCUGGCAUGCCUGGGUCAGACGGCAUUGAUGGAGACAAAGGACCACCUGGGCCCCCUGGUCCACCAGGACAAAAGGGAGAGCCAGGAGAGCCAGGUCCCGAUGGAGCACCAGGAGAGAAUGGCAUUGAUGGUUUGAUUGGAGCAAAGGGGGAUCGAGGUCCUAUUGGAAGCCCUGGCCCUAAGGGUCAACCUGGACCAAGUGGUGAACCUGGACCUCCUGGAGCCGGCCUUCCAGGACUGGCUGGUGCUGCAGGGCCAAUUGGUCUUCCAGGUGAAAUUGGACAAACUGGACCAAAGGGUAUCAUGGGACCAGCUGGACCCCCAGGACUUCCUGGACCUCCUGGCAAGCCAGGUCCUCCAGGGAAGUUCAUCGGUGGAGAAGAGGGAAGUGCCGACUUCCAGUGUCCUCUUAACUGUCCAGCAGGACCUAAAGGCCCCCAGGGACUGCAGGGAGUCAAGGGACACAAAGGACGUGCUGGGGUUCUCGGAGAGCCUGGUAGCAUAGGAAAAUCGGGUCCCAAGGGUGAAGUGGGCAUCUCUGGGGAACAGGGCAUCCCAGGACCUCCGGGUCCAAUGGGUCUGAGGGGCUAUCCAGGAAUGAUGGGUCCUAAAGGGGAAGCAGGGCCUCGUGGUUACAAGGGCAUCAACGGACCUGUAGGAAUUCCUGGACCUCCUGGUGAGGAGGGACCUCAGGGACCACCCGGAGAGGCAGGAGACAAGGGAGACAAAGGCAGCCAAGGUAUCCAGGGCCCACAGGGUGCGGUUGGCAAAAAGGGAGAGAAUGGUCUGCCGGGUAUUGAUGGAAAAGAUGGCACACCUGGUAUUCCUGGAAUCAAGGGCAGCCCCGGCCAGGCUGGGAUGCCUGGUCCUCCUGGUCCUCAGGGAACAGCGGGAUUGCCUGGCAGCCCAGGGUCCAAAGGUGGACCUGGAGCUAAGGGCGAGCCUGGACCUAGGGGUCACAUUGGCAUGUCUGGUGCCCCCGGACCUCUGGGUGAGCCUGGUCUUCCUGGUGUGGCUGGUAUGGAAGGAGUUCCUGGACCCAAGGGUGACAGAGGCCAGCGGGGAGAAGUUGGGCCACAGGGAAUAGUCGGCAAGGCUGGAAACAAAGGAGAGAGAGGACCAAUCGGUGUUCCAGGGGCCCAGGGUCUCAGUGGAACCAAAGGAGACAAGGGCUUCCAAGGAAAAGUCGGGUCAAAGGGAGACGAUGGUGACCCCGGUGUUGAGGGAUUGGCUGGCGAGAAAGGUGAAAAGGGUUUGUCUGGUGAACCCGGGCCCAAAGGACAGCAAGGAAUUAGGGGUGAUCCAGGACACAAUGGACCUACUGGAGACCCUGGUAAACCUGGAGACGUGGGACCACCAGGACUGCCCGGUCCUAGGGGACUCAAUGGAGAGCGAGGAGUACCCGGCAUGCCAGGCAUUCAGGGAUCACUAGGACGCGAUGCAUCUGACCAGCAUAUCAUUGAAGUGGUGUUGAAGAUGUUGCAGGAGAGGCUAGCUGCAGUGGCGGUGAGCGCCAAGAGGGCUGUGCUCGGUGGAGCAGGUGUGAUGGGACCUCCCGGGCCCCCUGGCCCUCCAGGGUCACCUGGUCCUCAGGGGCCACAUGGCUUACCUGGAGCCCGUGGCAUUCCUGGCAUCAUUGGAGGACCUGGACAGAUUGGAAACACAGGACUUAAAGGAAAGAGAGGGUCAAAGGGAGAUAGAGGAGAUCCUGGUAAACCCCACCCAGGACCACCAGGACCCCCAGGAAUACAAGGUCCUCCUGGUGUCGACGGUGUGGCUCGGGACGGUAGGCACGGCGAGAGAGGACCUCAGGGAUCAGCCGGAGAGGCUGGUCGUCCCGGUAAGGCAGGUCCAGUAGGUCUCCCAGGCUUUUGCGAGGCGGCGAUGUGUCUUGCUGCAUCAGCGUACACCUCCCCGAGACUACAGGAGGCGGGAACAAUCAAAGGACCCAAUGUUUAGAGACCUGCCUCCCCAUCAGCAGCUCACAACACCUAGGAGAGAGAGAGAGAGAGAGAGAGAGAGAGAGAGAGAGAGAGAGAGAGAGAGAGAGAGAGAGAGAGAGACCACGUUUCUCUGUAGGACAACAUCGAGAACGAGGGGUUGGGGACAAUAAUAGUGACUGGAUGUAUAGCGCCCCCCUACUGAAACUGACAACCUGAAGUUUUGACUGCUGGGACAUACUCUGAUCUUAAUCCACCACAUCACCAUGACAACAGCAGCUCACAGCCACCCACAUCCUUCUGAAUUCUCUAGUGUUUUUGGAUGAUGCCAGUGUCAGCCCCAUCUAAAUAUCUCAGCCCUGUUCCUGCAGUGAAAGAGGAACAGUUUCAGAUGGCAUCUCCUUGCCUCCCAUCACUACCACAGUAUCUAUGAGCUGAGAGGAGCUGAAAACCAAGCGUGGUGAAAGGUGCAAGGUACACCUUGGUCACUUUAAAUGGUUUUACACAUGCAAUAUUUAGUUUGAGACGUGUUUUGAAGUUUAAAUACUCUGCCUCUCUUACGACAUCGCAGCUGAUGCCUUAAGUGUACGAAAAGAUAAAUAAAUGAUUAAAAUUGACACUCUGUAUGUACUGUAUUGUAAAAUGUAGUAUCUUCAUCUGUAAGCUUUAGUGAAAUCCCUGAUUUACCUCAUGUGUACAUUGCCCCACCCCCCUCCUAAUCCCCCGCUUUCUUCCCAAGCCUCAUUUUAGAAACUAACGACUAGCUUGAUCUCGUCCUCUUGUUGCCUGGCAACAGCAUAUCCCAAUGGGCACUCCCAUCUCCCACAAUGCAGUGCUGUAAAUCUUUGUAAAUGUGUGUUGAUUAUUAUGUAGAGAAAAAGGAAUGGGUUACGAUAUGCACCAACAGAAAUAACGACUUUUUCUGAAGACGAAUCAGCCCGAAUGUGCUCCCUAUGCCACUGUCAACCUUCCACAGGGUGUCAGCUAUUUAAUGACUGAUUUAUUUUCAUCAACAGAAGCUAUUUAUUGUUCUUUAUAUAAUCAUCUGUAAAGAGGUUUUUUUUCUGGCUGUUCAGGUCAACCCAAACCAAUAAAGAGGAACCUUUUAUAAAAU